AUCAGAUUCUUCAUCUUUAAGUAAUUUUGAUUUAAGCUUUAUAACGAAUGGAUCUUCAUAUAACUUAAAAUUGGAAGCAUCCAAUCUUUCAGCAUCUCUUUAUAAUGAUUUUAUAGAUUUAACAACUGAUUCAAUUGAAGAUAUAAGUUCAACAGUUAUCUCUUUAAAAACUACGAAUUUAUCAAAUAUUUCAACAAAUGCUACUAGCUCAACAAUUAUUUAA